AUGAGCCCUACUGAUAACACACUCUAUGUUAUAUCGGAACAGGAGAGCGAUGGCGAAUUUGAAGUGGAGCACGAAUUGUUUGGGAGUGAUGACUCGGCGACCUCUUCGAUCGGAGGCAGAGUUGGCGCAGGCAUCCCGGAUCCAACCCAUUCGAACGCGAACGCUUCAAACCGCCAACCAACAUCGUCGCCAGCACAAGACCCGGCAGACCAGCCUAUGGGCAGCCCUACAGAUCAGCCUAUGGACGUGUCGGGGGAGGAUCCUGAUGCGCCCGCUGGUGGCCCUACGGUGCAAGACGAGGAUGCAGCUAUGGAGCAAGAUGAGCCCGACGGGCAAGGGCAGGGCAAUCCGGCGCCGCCAUCUCCGUCUGCUACAGCGCUACCUACACAUCCUCAGCCGUCAAACGGUCCUCACUCCACCUCAGUCCCCGACGAUCCAGCAACGAUUCUACACAGCAUAAACAACAUAGCCGCAGAUAUGAAGAGCCAUGUGACCGAAGGUUUCCAACAUGCAGAGAAGCAUAACGACGGCCGUCAUGACGCUCUCGAUCAACGCGUGGAUCGCCUGGAAAAGCUGUUUCUCGGUGCAGCGGGGCGUGGCCGUUCAGGUCCGCGAUCCGGCGCGGGCAAGGCCAAGCCCAGCGAGUCGGACUAUACGGAAAACAUCAAGAAGGUCUUCAACGUGAACGCCAAAGUCACAGGCCAUCCGGUCACAAUGGACGCCGCGCGUAAGGCUAUACUGCGCGCCGUCCGGCAGCAUCUCAGCUCCAUCUUUGACGCUCAGAAUAUGGACAAGUUCGGCGCCGCUCAAGACCCGGAUGCCGUCCGUGAGAUUCAUGAGAUGUUUGAGGCACUCUGCCGCGACGCGCACGGGAAGCGCGUUCAGUCGUUAGCCGAUGUCGUGCAAAGCGGCCCGAUACCCGCGAGACUGGUUGGUAGCCCGAUCACUAUCGAUUACGGAGAGGCUGGGGCAGGUCCUAAAGGUUCAGGCUACAACCAGUUCAUGGCUAAGGUGUUCGUGGCCGACUUCUUCAACAAGCCCGAGCAUGCGAACUAUGACGUCGAAGAUAUCCGGGAAGCGUUCUUCGAUAGGAUCAAGAAUCUUAAGGCCGAGCGUGCCAUUAUGUUGGGGACGCAGAAUGUUGCCGCAGAGCUUCGAGUACCGGUCCAAGUUGUCGAGAGGCAGUUGAAGGACAUGCAGAUGCAUGAAAGUCGGAGACGCCGGAACCAUGUCCGUCGUGUCACGUCUGCAGAAGGGAUACCAGAUUGGGCCGACCCAGAUCGUGCCAUUGAGCUGAUCGUCAAGCAAGUCGGGACAGACGGGGGCUCCGACGAUGAGGAUCGGUAUGUGAGAGCCAACGGCGGCAGAACCAUCAAGCAGCGCGUCAUCAAGGUUCCCGCCUGGCGAGCCGCUUUUCUGCGUGCUUUGUUCUCUGAUCUGGAAGACCUGUACUUCAUGCUGUACAGCAGAGACGGUCUGAUGUCUCAAAACGCGAAGGGACAACUACCCGAGCCACGCGAGUUCUACGACGGCGAGGAGCUCGACUGGGAUGCCAGCCCUGUGCCCCUACUACCUCACAAUGCAUACAAUUCCGAUUGGCUGCAGAUGAAGGGGUCGAGCUUCGUCGAGUUUGCGGUACGCCCGACGAUGGGGGAUCCCUUUGUCGUGCCUCCGCGCUUUCGAGAAUACUACUUGAAGGUCCAAAAUGCUUGGCAGGAGCUUCAUCCGGUUCAGCCUCGUCCAACGAGGCGGGCACCACACCCAUCUCAGCCAGGUCCCUCGGCACCUGGCCCGUCGAAGUUCCAGUCCCGGCCCCAUGCCACCUUCGCGCCUCAACACCCGACUGCUUCACAUCCAGCCGCUCAGGCAACGUCGUCGGAAGUGCCAGCCAGUGCGGAAGCAAAAGGAAAGCGCAAAUUAGACGAACGCGAUGCCAACGCAGCCGUUGGGAAUCAGUAA